AUGCAGCACUUGCCCAUAGCAACCGUCGCAGGGGUUCAGUUUACCUUAGCAACUGUAGAGGGCGAACUAUUGGUGAUGGAAGAAGACAAGGGAAAAGAGAUCACACAAAAAGAAAAAGAACUCCUCUACAGCCGAGUCGAAGAACUAAGGUGUUCCAAUGCAGCCCUUCUGGCAGAGAAUGACAUGUUUGAACAGUUCAUCAGCCGCCUGGAUCCACAGGACCUGGUGUCUCAGGCUGGGGGAGAAGGUCUUGGGGCAGCAGGAGCCUCCCAGCUGGAGGGUGGGGGCCAUGGAUGGAGGCGGCGGUCCCGGUCCUACAUAUCAGAUAGACUCCAGCAGCUGACCUUGGAACAGAAACUUUAUGUGGCACAGAGGGAAGUAACAAAUACGGCACAAGACCACGAGAAGCUCAAACAGAGAUAUGAGAGAAUCCAGGACAACUACAAGGCCUCUCUGAAAGAGACAGAAUUGCGUCUAGCAGGAAUCAGGAAGGCCAAGAAAGAGUUUGAACGCAGACUGCUCAAACCUAUGAAGGACAACAGAUUGGAAAUGAAGGAGCCAGAGAAGGUGCUCCAGUACUUUGAAGACAAAUUAAAGGUCACUCAGUUGGAGAAGUUAAAUCUGAACAUCCAGACACUGAGGGUCCAGGAGAAAAAGCUCCAGCAGCAGCUUCAACAGAAAAAAGACAUGGGAAAAGCUGAGUACGAGGAAAUUUUCCAGGAGUACAAUGAGCUGAGAAUUGACCAAAAUCUGGAUGAACUUCAAGUCAACAGUUUGAAAGUACAACGUGUCCUCAGUUCACACAAGGAGAAGCUGCAGAAUGUGACAUGGGAGUCUACAGAGUUGAGCAAUGACAUCACCAGCAGGAAGCAGAUGCUUGCAAAAAUUGAAGAGGAGAUCCAGCAUAAUGAGAAGGAACGUUUAAAGGCAGAGGCCCUCAACCAACACCUGCGCUGCCAGAUGUCAGAUUAUCAGGCUCCUGAUAUCACUGAGUACAUGCAUGUCAAGGACAAACACAAAAAGCUGCAACAGAGCAUUCACACUUGGGAGAGGAAAGUUGGGAUUGCUGAGAUGGCCUUGAAGACCCACACUAAAGCCUGGAGCAAACAGAGAGCCACUCUUACUCCUGCAAACAGUGCUGUGGCUGGAGCGAGGUCUGGGGAACACCAAAUCCCAGUUAAGCUCCCAUACAUAGCAGAACACAACACAUAAAGAAGCACAAGGCCUACAGGAUUCAUUAAAGAAUGAAUGGGCGGAGGAUGGAGACGGUGCGACAGUUGCAAAUGCCCUGUUUCACAUUAUUACAGUUAUUCAACAUUUGAUGAUUUAUCAUAACAAUUUGAUAUUUCAAGAUUUUUACCAUGCAUCAUGAUAAAUGUAAAAGCUCCAUCAAACCCAUAAUACAUUAAAUAAUAAAAAUAA